AUGACAGUCGUCCACGUCCUGCUGGGCCUCGGCUGGUGGCUGGUGGCACCGAGAGGGGCGCAGGGAGUGCCCCGACCCUUCCUGUCGCUGCAUCCCAGCCGGGAGGUGACCCUGGGGGACACGGUCACCCUGCGGUGUCGUGUGCCCCAUCCCAAUGUCCCAGUCUCCAUUUACGAGGAAGAUGGGGAGCCCAAAUGGCAGUGGGACAGGGUGGAGGACACGGCCGAGGUCUCCGUGAAUGUGGUGACACGGGACUUUGCCGGGAGAUACCGGUGCCAGUACAACAUGACAGCGUUAUCCCGGUUUUUACGUGUCAGCAACCCCGUGGAGCUGGUGGUGCUGGAUCCCAACUUUCCCCCGCCCGUGAUGUCCCUGAGCCCCGGGGGACGCGUGAAGCCGGGCACCGACGUCACCGUCUCGUGCUGGUCCACGUAUGGUGCCACCUUCCUCCUGCACAAGGCUGGCAUCUCAGCCCCCAUCCAGCGCCAAUCCCUUAGCAGGGGCAACACGGCCACCUUCACCCUCUAUGGGGUGACCCAGUCUGAUGUAGGCACCUAUGGGUGCUCCUACCAUCCCCGAGGGAACCCGUUCGUCUCCUCGCACCCCCGGAGCGAGGUAACCCUGGAGCUGGAAGAAGGGGGACCCAGCAUGGACCAUCCUGUGUCACAACAACCAGCACCCCGACCCUCCCUGUCGCUGCACCCCAGUGAGGAGGUGGCACUGGGGGACAACGUCACCUUCCGGUGCCACGUGCCCCGGAAGGGUGUCCGGGUCAUCGUCUACAAGGAGGGAGAUGGGAAUUACCGAUGGCAGCAGGAUGGGGUGCAGGACACGACCGAGGUCUCGAUGCAAGCGUCAACGAAUGAAAUUAGUGGGAGAUAUCGGUGCCGAUACGAGAUUCUGGCACCAACUUGGGCCACCGAUUGGAGUGACCCCGUGGAGAUGGUGGUGCUGGACGCCAGCUUCCCCCCGCCUACAUUGUCACUGAGCCCAAGGGGACACGUGGAGACGGGCACCAACGUCACCAUCUGCUGCCGGUCCCCGCACGGGGCCACCUUCGUCCUGUACAAGGCCGGCACUUCGGACCCCAUCCAGCGCAUCGUCACGGGGAACACGGUCGCCUUCACCCUCCACGGGGUGACCCAAGCUGACACGGGCACCUAUGGGUGCUCCUACCGUCCCCAAGAAAACCCUUUCAUCUCCUCCCCCAUAGGGACCUCAAUGACCAUCCCAUGGCACCGUGAUACCUUCCCAUGA